AUGGGUGCUGCUUGUGCUAAUGCUAAAAUGAAUUAGACAGUUCCUGUAAUAAAGAUAUCGAAUGGUGAAGAUUAAACUGAAAAAAUAUAAGAAAACUAGUAACAAUAAUAAAAGAGCACAUCUUCCAAAGAACAGAACAAUACUAAAUUAAGCACUAUUUCAAAAUAAGUUUCAAAUAUUUCAUCAGAUGGAGUGCCAGUAAGAAAGAACACAACAUCAAGAAUGUCUAUUCCAGGUGAGGACAGAGAUAAGAAGCCAAAAGUUUAAGGGAAAAAUCAAGGGCAGGAAUAGUUGUUAAAACAAAGAGAAUUUAUACUUGAGAAAUUUCUGAAUGAUAUCUAAUUGUUAGACAAGUAAUUAAUGUCAGAUGUCAUCUAGAUGUUGAGAUUCUUCUUGUCUCAUUUGGAAUAAUCAAACAUUUAUUGGACUAAAGUUUGGUUAAUUAAUAAAAAUGAUUACAGCAUUGUUGUAGGAUUCACCAACAACAUAGGGGAAUCAAGAAAAAUCAGAAUAUUGUACACCAAACAAAUUGAAUUUGUGGCUAAUCUACUUGACAACUAUCUCUUUUUCUAGCAGUUUGCAAGCUAUAAGAUACAUGAUUUCAGCUUUAGAUUGAAUAAAAAACACAAUAAUUUCUAUGUAUUUUCAGAAUAAGAGUAUUGCGAUGUGUCUUUAGAGAAUAUUUAAUUGUAACCAUAAGAUAUCCAUCCCCUAUUAGAGUAUCUCCUCAAUACUAUAUAAUAAAUGCAUUAAAAUUUCUAUGUUCAUUCAGGAAUUAAGCCAUCCAAUGUUUACAUGACUUAUCAUAAAUAAAAGGUAUUUAAAUUAGACUUGAGUUUUUCCGCCUUCAGAUUCUCUAGAAGACUAAUCAAAAAUAAAAUUAAAGAUUUUAGAGCCAAUCUUGUCAACGACUUAGAAGAUAUAGCUAUUCUUAUCAUCAACUCCUUUUACAAAGGCCCUGAAAUUAGGCAACAAUUAAAACAAAAGAAUAUAGAUUUCGCCAAUAUUAUUGAAUCCCUAUAUUAGAAAUAGAAGAAUGUCCUUGAAUGCUACAUUAAAGAUAUUAUCCUUUUACUCUAUAGAAAUAGAUAAUAUCUUUACGAUCUUAAAGCAUCUGAUUAUGUUUAAUUAUUGAAUUGUCAAUCAAAGUCUGAGUUAAAGGAUCUCAUUCAAGAUAUUCCAAACACUAAUAAUAACAAUCCUAACAAUAAUAUCAAGAACGUACUUUUUGAAUACUCAAACAAUAAAGUAGUCUUUUAUAAUUUAACAUAAACUAGAAAUUAAAAAUCAUACACUUAGUAUGAAUUAAUUGAUCAAAAUGGACAAUAGAUUAAUAUCAUAAAUGGGAGUGCUUACAUAUAGGAUAAUAAAUUGUAUUUCGCUUAUGAAAAUAUGAUUGGCAUGAUCACAAUUAAGCUUAGUUCCGAGUAACUAGAAGAUACUUUGGAAAUGCUAUAAAUAUCGCUAAGAUAAUAUUUGGCUACUAAAGAGUAAUAGAAAAAAGAGAGGAUUGACUCUGCUUAAAAAAAUUAUUAAUUGCAGUUAUAAAUUAAUUAACAUAGCCCUACAACAUAUAUUGAAGAUUAAUUCAAAUUCAAAGACACUGCUUAGACUUAAAAAUAACCUAAUAAGAAUUUUCAUGAUAGAAUUUACUUUACUUCACAAAAUUUAUAAGAAAUAUUUAGCAUUAUUGAUAUAGAAUAAAGAAAUUAUAUCACAACCUAAUAAUUCUAUGAUUUCCUGUAAUAGUAAACAGAUUCAAUCGAUAAUUCAUUACUUCAAUAACUUUUAUUUGAUAAGAUUUAAGAAAUUGUUUUGUUCUUCUCUGAUAAAAACUUGACUUUUUAUGAAUUCGUAUAAAUAUUUUCCUUUAGAUCAAAAUAACAAUUGCCUAUCUAUAAGAAAAUAAUUAAGCCUUUGAAAUAAGCAUAGAAUGUAAAAUCAUUCACAAUUAUUAAUAAUACAGUUCAUUAUUAUGAUGGUCAAUAUUUAUACAAUGAUGAAAACCAAAAUGAAAUUCAAUAUGAUCUAAAAUAUCUUAUCAAUAAUUAAAAUUAACUGUUAAUAAUUGGAAUUUAGGAUGGUUGUCUAUUAAUUAAUACCUAAAAUAGUUCUAUACAGACAGAUGUAAAAAUCAAAUAAGAUUUUGGAUUUUCCAAAUUUAAUGAUGUCUACUUCAUUACCUAAUAAAAUGAACUUAUAUUGUAUUCUUUAACUCAAAAGAGAAGUGUAAAACUCAAUAUAAAUGGGAUAGUAUCUACAUGCAACUUAAUAUAUCAUAAAUAUUUUAUUCUCUAUUUACAAAAUCAGAAUAUUUAUAGAAUAUUUUUAUCCUAAGAUAAAUAUUGUAUAACAUCAUUCAAUGUAUUUGAAAUCUUACUUGAACAUGGAAGGUUAGAUUAGAAAAUCAAAUUAAAGUAAAUAAGCACUAAAUAAAAUUCAAGUGAUGAAUUGAUUGGAUCGUACUCUAUCAAUAAGGUUCAUUAUCCUAUUACAAAUCAAACUCCAUCAUUAUUCAGAAUUUUAUCUGUUUCAAAAGAACAAUAGAAUUUCAUACUAAUCUAAAGAAUAGUACAUGUGGAGUUUGAAUCAUUUGAUGAAUGUUAUUAAGUUUGCAAAUAUUUGGACCCUUAUUUAUUGGAUUUCUUUUUGAGUAUGGAAUAAUAUGAUGGAAAAGUUAGAUUAAAUUAUAUUAUAGAGAAUUGUGAGCUUAUUUAAAAAGAAGAUUGCAAUUUUAAAUUAAUGAAGAGAUGCAUUAAGAAAUUGAAUGAACUUAGAUCACAUGAUAUCUUUGUCUAGGAUAUGCAUCCAAAUAAUGUCUUUAUUACGCCUAAUUCAGUUGUUUUUGCUUCUAUUAUUUACAAAACUAACAUUCCUAGUAUUUACUAAGAAAAAUCAGUACCAUUUAUGUCAUCAUUAGAGUAUAUGGAACCUAAAUCUUUUUUGGCUUACACUUAAAAUUUAACUUAGAAUUAGAUCUUUAUUAAUCCCAGUAAAGCUAAUAUUUACUGUUUAGGAUUGAUAUUUUUAAGGAUGCUUUCAAAUUAUCAGAUUAAAAAUACUAAAGAAUAAUAAUUUUAUUUAAUGGAAAUAAAUUUGGCUCUUUAAUAAUUUUAAUUCCCUAAUAUAAAACCAUUACUUGAAGAAAUGCUAAAAGAGAAUGAAGAAUAAAGAUAUGAUUCUUAUUAAUUAAUAUAAUUUAUUAGAAAAUAUUAAAAAUUAAAUUAAAAAGAAUUGUUCUUUACAUCACAACCAUUAUAAUUAUUAGAGACUUAAUUACAAUAAACUUUAUUUGGAUAUUAAAACAAUACAAUUUAUCAAUAUUAGUAAGUAUUUAAAAUUUAUACAAACAUUUUAUCUACUAAUUUACAAGUAUUAUGCGUUUAAUCAACAGAAGAAGGUUAAUUAAUUCUAUUGGUCAAAUCAUUAAAUUAGAGGACAUUUAAAUAUUUACUCCUUUACAUAUCUUUAUCACAAAAUCAAUAUGAGUCGCACCAAUAACACUCAUGCUUAAUCUUUGAAGAAUUAGUUAAUUUCUAAAAAUUUGCAGAGGAGGAAUAAGAGGAAAUCGAGAAUAACCAAUUAUAAAUUAUAUAGUAGAAUGGGUUACACGUUUAAUCACCUCAUGUAGUAACCAAAGAAGUGUAAGUCCCGAUAUUCGAUUUACAAAAUGUAGAUGAAUGUACAUAUUUGAUAAAUGGAGAUGAACUUUACUUUUUUGGGUUUGGAAUAACAAACGAAAUAAGAAGAGUGGGAUCACGGGAUUGUUUUGUAUAUAUGCCUAAAAGAAACUUAUUCAAAAAGAUUGGUUAUAGAACAACCUACUAUGAAGCUUAGGCACUAGAUUUUGGUGAAUAUUGGUUGUUAUUGGAAAAGACUUCUAAUAAUAAUAAGAUCAGAAUUCAGCAAAUUAUUAAGGCUUCAUUUUUAUGUAUUGAAAGGGUUAUUAAAUUAAAAAAUAGCAAUCAAAUGUUUUAUUUUAAAUAUUUGUAAAAUGUUAUUGCCAUCUCUAAUAACUUAUGUUGGUAUAUCAACAUUGAAGCAUUUAAAGCAUUUGAAAUAUAAUGUGAUAAUAUACCAAAAUCAUUAAUCUUAAUGCAAAACACUUAAAAUAAUACAAUUCUAACAUAAGAUGGUGUAUCUACAUUAUAAUUUGAUGGUAAUGUGUUAAAAGUAUAUUGA